UCGGACGGCGGCUUCGACCGAUAGGCUAGCUUAUCUUCUUCUUUCUCUGGCUGUAAUUCCCCUUCCUCCUCUGAGCUUGUAAUCGAAUCCAUGACGAAUUGACUGAAUUAGUAGAGAGAGCCUCACAAUUGAUAUCAGAGCCGUUCGAUUCUGUCUCAAAAAUACACCCAAUUUUUUUUCUCAAUCCAUUCCAUGGAGUCACGACAGCGAACGGAGCUCCUGGCGAGCCUCUCGCCGGAGAGUCGGGCGACCUAUGAGAUUCUCAGGGCCCAGCUAGCCUGCGAUCUGGACUGGAGUUUCGCCGAGUCCAAUGCGAGGCUGCAGAAGGCCAUGGCCGCCACUGCUCCGACGACACCCGCUGCGAGUGAGGCCCCCACCACCAAUUGGGCUGCGACCGCCGUGCUAGCAGCGACGACCGCGAACACCUCCACACCGGCCAUGGUCUCCGCUCCAUCCGUGGCGGCACCGGACUCUACAUCGCCCCGAGUCCAAGCUGUGACCGCGACUGCCCCGACAGCACCUGCUGUCAGCGUUGACCUCAGCCUCAAGCGCAACAUCGACCACCUCGUCGGCGGUUCCACGACACCAGCCUCGAAUCCUUCGGAUGUCAUCACCGCGGCCACCCCAACACCUACGCGCAACACCUCGUCCACGGCCUGUUGGGUCGCGGCCUCCGUGGGCGCAGCGACGUCGUCGGCCCCGUCCACCAUGGGCCUCGGCCACAAUUCCGACCGCGAAGACCCUACGGCCGAGUCCAUGUCUACGGGGACUAUGCAUACAUCCAUCGGCUCGUCUUCGGAAGACUCGCCAAGUCCGGCCCUCGAACCAUGGAUCGUCCUCGAGCAAGUCAGGAUGCCGCCCCUCACCUGUUCGGCUGAAUGCUCUGCAAGCAACAUCCGCCCUUCAUCUCCUGCGUUCUCUACUACUUGUGCCACGCCGCGUGUACUAGAGCCAGCAGCAACAUCAACGCUCAGUCUGGAGCUCACGGUGCAGGCCCAGGUGCAGCCAUCGAUCGUUUCCACCGUCCCUGUGCAUGAGGACACCCUUGACACUGAUGACACUUAUGGCAUGGAGGUGUUCAUGGCCAUGGAGGACAUGCCUCUGACCACUUCAGCACCGUCAGAGGGCUUGCCCACCCACUCCAUGCAGUUGUUCAUCGACCGCGGUUUUCACACAUCAGCACCCACAAGGCGUUCGACAAAAAGCUUCAGCGACAACACAGAAGUAAUCAUACUUGUGCACACACUAGAUAUGACUUCACGCAUCAAGCAACAAGGGCAGACAUUCCGCCUAGCACCCUGGUCACCAUCCGAGGACAAGGCUCUAGUAUCAAUUCACUUUAUGUUAGCUGAGCUGGAAUCAUCUUCAGUAAGUACUCUGCUGAAUCUGGACAAUGUGGUUGUUGUACCAAGGGAGGAACAAGGGAACUAGUUGAGUUUAUGAGGAUAUUAGCGCUUGAACAAUUUUUGAGCAAGUUGGAGUUCACGGAGAGUGGAGAUUAUAUAGUGCAAUCAGCCGUUGAGGCUAUGGAAUUGCAAU